AGGUACGAUGGAACCAGAAUGAUGUAGUUGAAGUCAAGUUUGCCCUAAAAUGGAGAGCCAGGCUGACCACCAUCUGGACGCAGACGCGAGUAUGGGCCGAGUCUCCGCCCGAGCCGUCCUCACUUCUAUACGCACUACUCAACCACCCUCCAGCUCCAGAGUACUGCCCCACGCUUUCCCCAACUCUUCAGACUCCACCAUCACCACUCCCAGCCUCUCCCAAACCAGCUCCCCCAAUAAUUUCAGAACGGCCCCCAGCAGCCCGCCUAAAGUCGACACUAUACCAGAUUCACCCCGCGUAUUACCGCUUCCUCCCGCGAGGAAAAAACAUCUAGAAGAAACUUCUGGAAUAUCGGAUGAUCGGACUGCUACGGCUCUGUCAAGUGAUGACGGUGAGCCUCUCAGAGGGAACAAAACUCCGGAUAGUUAUCUAGGUGACCCACCCUCGUUCUCUUCGUUAAACAUUUCAGAAAACAAGAAUAGUUCCCCACCUUUUUCUGCGUUAUCCUUGAAAAUCUGCAUGGAUAAAAACCAUCCACUCGAAUCAAACACUCUCCCUGAUAAUAAUGAUCUUGGUCAUAAGAAAGUGGAGAGGACUCGCCACAAGGUGCCCCAAUAUCAGGACUAUGAUGAUGUGACAGAAAUAGUCAAACCCGAUAUCAAACUAGUAUCGCCAAGCCCUACUGACGAAACGCCCCAGGAUCAAGAAAUCAAUCUGAAGGGUAAACGUGAAGACAAAAUCCCGUUAACCAAAAUCAGCAGUUCAAUCCGAUCUUCAAUAAAAUCGAAGCUAAGUGGAGAAAAACAAGCAGAAGGCGGUGCAGAUGGGCCGGAAAAAGAGGGGAUAAAACGUAAGCUAAGCGGUAAACCGAGCAGUAGACUGAGUGUAGAGCACCAACUACUGGGGGUCAGCAGUUCCACCAUCAGCAACUGUACUGAUCCCAACGAGAACGAUUGUAUCACUGUUAACGAGGCUAUCCAGAAGGCAGGUUUGGGCAGGUACCAUGCUCUGCCCUUUCUUGCUGCUGCUAUGAUUAUUGUCCUCAAGUGCUUUUUGGACGGUGUCCCUGACAACUUCGUGUCCAUGUUUCAGUGUGUGUUUGAAAUGGAUACCCAGUUACUAGUCCUGCUAGGAUUCAUCGGAUCCGUGUUAGGAGCUCCGAUAGGUGGAGCCCUAGCGGACAGAUUUGGUCGACGUCUUAUCAUAGGAUUGGGACUGAUAGCCCUUGUUAUUAGCUCAGCUGUGAUAACCGGAGCUCCUAACGAGGCCGUCCUCACCACCUUCUACGUCAUCUUCUCCAUGCUCAUCAGUGCUAUUCAUCCUAUAAUGCUGGUGUACGUGAUGGAGCUGUCUCCCACCAAGACACGGUACAUUACUCUGACACUGUGUUUUGUCUGCUACUCCGCCGUCUCCUUCAUCACCCCUCUCGUUAUCAUGCCUCUCUACACUCAGUCCAAGGACGAGGAUUUCAAGGGUGGUGAUAACUGGAGGAUAUCGUGGGGUGUGCUGAUGGUGCCGAUAAUUGGUUGUAUUGUCUUAUUGUUCUUCUCGCCUGAGUCUCCUCGAUACAACGCUGCUAAAGGAAAAUCAAAAGAAGCUCAAACGACCGUGUUCCAGAUGCUGAAAACCAACCUCGGAGACAAGUUGAGGCUAUCUCUUUCAACUCUGGAGCUCUCCUCUAACUCUGAUCCAACUAUUGCCGGGAUCAGUCUAGCUAAACUCUUUUAUCGGCCAAUUCAAGGCACCACGAUCCUGUUGACAGCAUUCCUUUUUGUAUGUAACGUGCAGUACUUUGCGUCUCAUGUCCUCACAGAGGAGAUGCUCACUAAUCGGUGCAGCUGUGGGGUCGACAUCACCUCUAAAGAAGCACCGUGGGCAGAGAACCAGUGGUGCGACAGCGACACCGUGCAGUGUAACCCUGACGACGAUAAGGACCGGACUUGCUGCUACAAGAAUAUGUGCCAAAGUAUCGAGGACAUGACGGAGGAUUACGACAUUACGGAGUGCCCGAAAAACAGCACGUAUCCGUGUAGGAGCGUCCACCACACCCAGUACAGUUCAGGAGGCGACGAGCACUGCAAGAGUGAGAACGUCUCCAAAUACUACAUCUUCAACGCAGUACGGAACGUCCUGUACGUGAUCGGGUUCGCUAUCGGCAUACUUCUCGCUCAGUACACGUCCCGUAAAGAUGCCUUUAUUCACCUGGCUUUCUACAUCACUUUUAUUAACGGAUUAUUGUUUGCUGUGUGCAGGUUCCUGCGAGGCACUACUUUUCUCAUAUUCGUUACCUCACUCGGUUUUAAUACAGUUAUUGGAGCUGUUUAUUCCCUUUCUUGGCUCUACAUGUUGGAGUACUACCCAACCUCUCUGCGUUGUUCAGGAGUAGGCUACCUGGCGGGUAUGGGACAGCUAGGUAACGGUGUGGGGACACUAAUCAGUAAAUAUACUCUAGAGUACGAGUUAAACGUUAACGGCAGGUUAACAAUCCACCUGUUCCUGUCCAAUCUAUUGACGGUGCUCUCCUUCAUGUUGGAACUUGAGACAAAACGACUUCCAAUGUCAGACAGAAAGAGAGUGGACUGUUUGGACCACAAACUCAGCACCAAGGCAGCCAAUAAAGCACCUAAUUGAGUGUGAUUUUAUUAAUUAUAAUUAUAAUUUCAUUGACUUCCCCCAAGUCAAAUAUCUAGUGGUCACUCGAAAAGUAAAUCUUAUAUGUUUUAGUAUUACUUUUAGGUACCAUAACAAUAUUUAUGUCGCAUUUAAAAUUUAUUCUUUGUUCAGAAUCAUAUAGCUUUUCUGACUCAAACCAUUGAAUUUAAUGGUGACCUUUAAAUUUGUAUAAUUAUCGGGUUAAACUAAGAACUUGUAGAGGUAAUUGUAAAUGUUUAAUGUUCUACUUUAAUAGAUAUACAACUGCUUGUAUAGUUUUCAAUGCACAGCCGGAAUGUAAGCUGAACCACUUUCA